CUCUGUUCUUCGUUGCUGUGCUCAGACAUUUAUAUUCAUUCUUUUCCCGGUGUUGUAUACCUCCAGCACACCUCCUUCCACUCGUGCGGUUGUCUAUCGAAAGCAACACCACACCACACAGCACAAUGCUCUUCCAGUCCCUCCUCGCCUGGACGGCGGCGUUGGCGUCGCUGGGCGGAGCGUACGCGAAACUCGAUCUUUCGUCCCCGAACAAUGUGGCGGUAUACUGGGGCCAGAAUUCGUAUCGGGGGUCGGGGAACUUGGCGCAGCAGAAUCUGUCCUAUUACUGCGACGAUCCCAACAUCGAUGUCCUGAUCCUUGCGUUUGUGAUGCGGGUGAACGGGGCCGGCGGCGUGCCCGAAUACGACUUCGCCGAUACCAGCAAGGCUUGCCCCUUGUUCAAUGGGACCAAUUUGCCCAAUUGUCCGCAGAUCGGCAACGACAUCACCACGUGCCAGAAGAAAGGCAAGACGGUGAUUCUGUCCAUCGGCGGGGCGACGUACAGCGAAGGCGGCUUCGCAUCGGACGCGGCGGCGCAGGCGGGCGCCGACCUGGUCUGGCAGACCUUCGGUCCGCCGCCUGUCAACUCCUCCUCCUCCUCCUCCUCCUCCUCCUCAACCACAACCAAACCUCCUCUUCGUCCCUUCGGCAACGCCUCCGUCGACGGCUUCGACUUCGACUUCGAAGCCACCGUCAACAAGAUGGCCCCCUUCGCCAACCGCCUGCGCGCCCUCGCCAACACCGACCCCAGCAAACAGUACUUCCUGACCGCGGCCCCGCAGUGCCCCUACCCCGACCUCGCCGACCAGGAGAUCCUCAACGGCCCCGUCUCCAUCGAUGCCGUCUGGGUGCAGUUCUACAACAACCCCUGCGGCCUGACCUCGUUCCAGCCAGGCCAGACCACCCAGCCCUCGUUCAACUUCGCCCAGUGGGACACCUGGGCCAAGACCGUCUCGCAGAACAAGAACGUCAAGGUCCUCGUCGGCGCGCCCGCCAACACCGGGGCUGCGGGGUCCGGGUAUGUCUCCAUCUCGCAGCUGCAGCAGGUCAUCCAGUACGCCAGGACCUUCAAGUCGUUUGGCGGCGUCAUGCUGUGGGAUGUCACCCAGGCGUAUGGCAAUCCCGGGUACUUGAGUGGGAUCCGCUCCGCGUUGACGCAGAGUACGUCGCGAAUUUAUCAUAAGUUUCGGUUUCCGGCACACCCCCGUCCGAAUUUCGGAGUCUCGUGCGCGAUGAAGUACGACACGGCAACGAUCGUGGACUGGACCCGACCAUCACAACCGUCACGCCGGCGAGCGACCCAGCCCACCAACACAAGCUACUUCCGGGCGCAAGACGUGGACGGCACCGCGUACACGGCCCGCAAAAGUCGUGUUGGGCACGGGCUGCCGUCCGUGCCCGGGGCUGCAGGAAGCCUGGGGCCAGGGGGUGCACUGGUGCCCGUGGUGCGACCGACCUUAAGCGCUGGGGAUCCUGGGGCCGCGGCCGGACCGGACGUGGUGGGGCAGCGUGCCGUGCUGGAGACGCACACGCUCACCACGGAGUACCCGGACUGGCGCGCGCAGCUCGCCGCGUGGGACGUCGCGGAGGGUCGGCGAUGA